AUGGAUGUUGAAAAUAUUCAGAGGAUAUCGGAAAAAGAGAUAGCAGAAAAAGAACAAGCCUUUGGAUACGCUGCCUUUGCGAGGAACGAGUUUGAAUCUGCUAGGGAACAUUUUGCAAAUGCAGUGCAUCUAGAUGAUGAUAAUGUAACAUACGUAUUGGACUCAGUUUCUGCUUAUAUGGCAAUGGAAAAUUACAAACAAUGCAUUGAUGCUAGGUCUGAUUCAAGUUGCUAG